AAUGAAUAACAAUACAAAAUAAUACAGUAAAUAGGCUCGUUUCCCCUCCGUGACAGCCAAGACCAAGCCCGAGACCAAGGAGGAGGAUCAACAAAGCCCAGGACUGACCAUGGCCACGCUGGACGACCGCCUGCUGGGGGAGAAGCUCCACUACUACUGCAGCAGCUCCGAGGACGAGGAUGAAGAGGAGGAGGAGGAGGAGGAGGGGGAGGGGGCAGCAAGAGGAGGGGCUAGGGAUGAGGUCAUGCCCCCUCCUCCCCCAAACCAGAGUUGGGAAGGAUCCUCAACCAAUACGGGUCCCAAGGGCGUGCUGAAGGACUGGCAGCGGUUCAAGCAGCUGGAGGCGGAGCAGCGCGUGGAGCAGGAGAGGGAGCGCAUCCUGCUCACCAAGAAGCUCGCCAUGACCUGCCGAUCCAAUCUGGACGACGAGAAGGACAAGGCGGAGCAGAAGAAGAAGGAGGAGGAGGAGGACGAGGAGGCGCUGCUUGACGAGGCGUUCCUGCGGCAGUACAUCUCGCGGCGGAUGGAGGAGAUGGUGGCGCGCACGACCAAGAGAUUCACCUUCGGCCGCCUGGUGCACCUGGAGAGCCGCGAGGCCUUCCUGGACGCCAUUGACAAGGAGGACAAGGAGGUGACCGUCAUCAUCCACAUCUUUGAGAAGGGUGUGCCCGGGUGCACAGCCAUGACGGGGUGUCUGGGGUGCCUGGCGCAGGACUACCCUCACGUCAAGUUCUGCACCAUGCCGGCCAGCGUGGCGGGCGUCAGCGCCAACUUUAAGGCUGGUGGCUGCCCGGCCCUCCUGGUGUACAAGGCUGGCCAGCUGGUGGGGAACUUUGUGCGCCUCACCGAUGAGUUCUCCGACGACUUCUACGCCACCGAUGUCGAGUCCUUCCUGGUGGAGCACGGCAUCCUGGUGGACCGCUCCCUUGUUCCGCCGGGCAUCCGUGGGCCGGCGGAUGACAACAGCGACGACGAGGAUGGUGGCGGCAGUGACUUCAGCCUCGACAACUAAAUGUUUGUGCCGUCGCGAGGCUUUCAUGGUGGUGUUGAUUUCUCUCUUUUUGUUCCUCUUGUUCUGUUAUGUUGAUUGGCUUAGUCCUCUCCCUUCUCCUGGGGUUGAGUUCCCUUUGAUUCUGUUUAGUUAUGAUUUUAUUUUUUGUUACAUUCGUUUGUUAUGUUGCUUUUCCUCCUCCUCCUCCUCCUCCUCCUCUUGGAUUUGAUAUCUUCUCUUUUUUUUGUUCCUCUUAUCUGUAAUGUUCGUUUUUCUCCUCUUAGGUUUAAUUUCCUCUUGUUCCUAUUAUUUCAGUACUUUUUUCUUGUUCUUCUUCAGUAAUUUUAGUUGUUCUUUUCUUCCUUUUCCUUAUGGUUUUGAUUUCAUGUUCCUUCUUGUUUCUCUUCCUUCUCUUUUUCGUCUCUUAAAGUUCUCAAUCUGAAUGUUCCUGUACUUUUUUUAUUCUCCCAUGUCCUCUUCAUCUUCCUCCUCCUCCUUUAAUCUUUUGUCACUUCUAUUUCUAUCACCUAACCUAACCUAACCUAACCUAACCUUCAUCAGCCCUUAAUCUGCUCUGAACUGCCCUGUAACUGUCUCUCUCACUCUUCUUCUGAUGUCAUUCUCUCUAUUUCUAUCAUUCUUUUUCUCAUUUCAUUCUCUCUGUAUCUCUGUCAUCCCUUUUCUCAUGUCAUUCUCUCUCUCUAUCCCUCUUUUCUCUUGUCAUCAGCAUCAUCAUCAUCAUCAUCAAGGUACGGGGCAUUAGUAGCACCCCAGCGGGACCCAUUGAACUUGCGUAUAUGUCUUCUUUCAACUUGUAUUGCAGUGCUUUAAGUCUGAACCAUCCUCUGGUUAGUGCGGAAGAAGUGUGUGUGUGUGUGUGUGUGUGUGUGUGUGUGUGUGUGUGUGUGGUCAUGACUCUCAAUACAUUCUUUUCAUUUGUAUUAUGAUUAUUUUGAGUCUUGUUUCUCAUCUCAGUUUCUGUAUCUCAAGGGGAGGCUGCAAGGCUUUGAAUCGCAAUCAUUUGUAUACUCCCUUAUAAUCACAGGUCUUUCUAUAUUGAGGAGUUGUAAAGUAUUGGUGACUAACAGCCUGCAGGAUGGGCCAUUGUGUACAGGAUGGACCCUUGUCAGUGAGUCCCCAGUGGUGUUUUGUGGGACCGGGAUUCAGAAACCAUGUCGGGUGUGCAAGAUUUGGCAGACUUAACCUGGUAGCAGCGGGGAUGAUGUUUCUUAUUGGUCCCUCUAAGCGAGAAAAAUGAGAAAAAAUCACUACUCACACACAAACCAUUUCAUAAUAUAUAUCAAAGCAUUUGUGAUCAGUUUAUGUAUCAUCUAUUUUUGGGGGGUUUAUAUCGUGGCACAAAUUUGACCCGUCGCUGCUGCACGGUAAAGCCACAAAUUUGGCCCGUCGCUUCUACACGGUAAAGCCACAAAUUUGGCCCGUCGCUGCUACCAGGUUAAGGGUUGUAUUCUCAAACUCUUCAGUGCCCUAGGUCCCAUAUUUGACAAGACUUUUGUAGUUGUGGGGCAUUUCCAGGGGUGGUUUUAUGACUCUGGUGGUAGCUUGGCCCUUCCUCUGUGCCAUGAACCUAAAAAAACACUCAUUAGGGCCUGAUUGAUCUCCUUUUUGGACUUUGGAAAUACAGUGGUCCCUCAAAUAGUACAGUUUCCAAUAGUUCAGUUUCAGUUUUAUAUGGGUUGUCAUGGAAGAUCUUUUAAGGAUUUUUGAAUUUCCUGCUCAUUGGGAAAUUCGAAAAUCCUAAAAAAAUCUUCUAUGAAAAUCCACAUAAAACUGAAACCAAACUAUUGGAAACCAUACUAUUUGAGGGAUGACUGUGGUUGAUGUGAGGCGCUGAAGUGUCUGAGAAUACCAACCUAAAUGUCAUGUCAGUUGUCACCUCUCAUUGGUUUUCACAAUUUACAAGGUCCAUAUCGUCACCUUCGUAAACAGACCGCCUGAGUCUUUAUUUUCUACUUCACAGGAAAUCAGAAAAGACCAUCAUCAUCUCGUUUGACUUAAGAUUUAGGCAGAAAUGAAAAGGUCAAUUCUAGAACACUCAAGCCCUGAAUGAUGAAGGCACAUAAUGAAAAAUUGAUGUAAACAAAAACCUGGAAAUCUCUGAAAAAUAACUUAGGCGAUUAUUUUACGAGGGUGACGAUAUAUUGCAUAAUUUUCAAGUCAUGUUGGAUUAAGCAAAUUUUAAGUAGCAUUUACAUUUAGAUUAACAUUCACUUAAGGUUCUGGUAACACACACUCGUAGCCUCAGUGUUGCCAGCAGGUGCUCUGAGGCGAGUGUUGUGACGGUGGAACAUUUUGGUUGACCGGUUGAAAGACGGUAACGUUUCCUCUUGUUCCACUGGUGUGUUCACAUGACAUGGAAAAUCCUUCUCAAGUUUCCAUUUGCUAUAAUUUUAAUCUCUAAUGAAUUAUAGUCGCAGCACACUAAGUUGGUCCAUAAGCCCGGCCCCCUCCCUCCAUGGUAAUGACUCCAAGCUCUUUUCAUCCAACCAAUCAGCUCCUUUAGCUUUGGAAGAGGGGGCAGGGCAUCUGGACCAGCUAAAUGUGUGGGGACUAUAUCUGUAGCGUAGUGUGGGGUUGGUAGGAGGUUGUUGUGGUGCCAAGUUGGGAGUUAGGGCCGUAUUACAAGUCCAAUACAAGAAGUUUCAGGUCCCGACAAAGCUAUUCAUCCCGAACUCUGUAGGGACCCAAAACUUCUUGAAUUCGACUUGCAAUACAGCCCUUACUCUCACUCAAACAAGUCAAUCAGUAUUUUCCCAUCAGCAGGACUCCUAAAAUUUGUGUUUUGUCCAUUUCCCUCCCGGACACAAACAUCACAAAUAGAUCUGUCAAGGAACUUAGUGUUUUGCAAUCAUCUGUUGGUCACUCACUCCUCCCCAAAGGUUAGACUUCCAAGUGUUGUUGUCGAGUGUAAGCGUUAGAGCCAUUUUUCCAUCUGGCAGAGGCUCUCUUCUGGCAGCCCUUGUUCUCUUUCUGUCAUAACAAUGGGAACUGUUUAAGAAGUUGAUAUUGCAGUGCUGAAUGAGUUAAUCAGUGUAAUUUGUUGCAGUGAGUGACCUUUCUUUCUCAUAAACCAGUGCCUUUUCAUGUUCUUGUCUGGUUUUAUUUGUGAGAAAUUUGAAACUGUGUCAGAAAUUCAUCAUUAUUCUCAGGCUUUAUAUGAAGGAGAAUCCCCGUUGAACACUGUCCCUUCACCGACCGAGUCUCAAAGUUAGAGGGCUUGCUUGUAAGAGAUUCUCUGACAGGCGGGACAAAACUGAUUCUUAGAUUGUACACGUCACUUGUAACAACUAACCUCUAGUCAAGGGCUUUUGUAGCUGAAUUUUGAAUAAAAGUAAGACAUCUUA